GACGACCAGAUGGUGGUAGCAGGCAGAAUAUCACACAACAUCUGCAAGUCAUCCAUCCAUACUUCAAUACGUGGGAUCUUGAAGAACCUCAGCUGAUUAAACUUCCAAGCACCGCUCAAGACCAACAAGAUGGCCAAGUUGACCGACCUGCCAGCCGAACUAGUUCACAGGAUCAUCGAGCACUUCAUCCAGUAUCAUCAGUGGGACCCACACGGCUACCAGGAUCAUGGCCUGCGCCACGACUACAACGUUCGAAUGGGAAGGAUUGGACAGAAACCGAGACCUCAUCGAGAGAACAGAGAUUCGGAUGGCAUUAGCACCCUGGUUCGACUACGCACCCAUCACACCGAGGAAACCAGUGAUGACGAGUCGCUGCAUCUUUCAUGGCCAGAUGGUCUCCCCUCCCAUCCCUUGUUACCGCUCGCCCUAGUCAGUCGCACCUUCCGACAAUGUGUCCAGGAGACGCUCUUCAAAAACGUGGCUCUAGUUGACAAAUGGCAGGCUUACUUGUUCUACCGAUCGCUUACUCGCCCCUCCCCACGAGAUGGACCAGAACCACAUAUGCUGGCUCCGAACGAAGCCAGCGAUGUGUCUCAGUCUCAGGAACGCAGCAUCAAAGUCGUCCCAUCGUCUGGAGUCAGCCCCCCUCGUCUGAACAGACUAGCCCAAUAUGUUCGCUCGCUUCAGUUCAUGUUUCGCAGUCCCCAUUUGUCUGGCACUAACGGCUCAAUGGCACUGAGGGGCAGUUCGCUGGUUUCUGACAUUCUCCGAAGUUGUCCUCACCUCGAAAAUGUUGCCAUGGUGUGUAAAUUCCUGACUCGCUGUAAAGAGUCCAUCCUGGAAGCCUUCGCAAGUAAACAGCAUAUCAGGGAGUUUGUUAUCGAGAACCACACCAAGGCCCCCCUGGAAUUCUGCUGGCUGGCCGAUGAAGUCGUCACGCGUUUAUUCUCCAAGUGGGAUUCACUGGAAACGAUCGAGUUCUAUCAACUCUCUGGGCGCCCGACCGAGGAAAUCGAGCGUAUCCAUCGAUCGAUACCCGUCUUGAAUUGUCAUCUGCAGAUGAUCAUCUUAACUAAGCCUGAUCUAGAUGGGAGGGAGAUUUCCUGGCUGUUAACGAGCUCUCGAGAGAGCAUGCGAACGCUGAAGAUUUUAGCACCAAGCGCGAAGCUUGACCGACCAGGCUUGUAUCGGGUCCUAAAAGAGCACACCAGUCCGGAUUUGGAGUCAUUGGCGAUCCAAGUGGAAGAAACUUGGCAUCCGAUCACCGCAGACCAGAACGUCAGAGGUUCUGAUGAUCCCACCAAAACCAACGGCCUGUUAGAAAUCGUUUUCAGGUCUUCGUCCGCCCUGAGGAAGCUCCAACACUUGUCCGUUAGUGGCCCUCUAGUCGACUCCAACUGCUUUGAUCUCUUGCCCCAAUCGAUCAUCCAGCUCAGCUUGGAUUGGCGUAUCAGCGGCCCUGCGUUCUCCAAGGCGCUAUCAAGCUGGAGAUUGAUCAAAGAUGAUCGGCUUCCUCCUGAGUCGUGUUCUCCCCCAUCUAACUUCUCCUGUUGCGGUGAUCAGUGUGAACCAUGGCUUGCCAACUUGAGAUGUUGCCUUGUCACCUCUGACAAGCGAUGGAGAGAUGAGGACCGAAAAGCAAUUAUCGAAGCCAUGGAUGCCCGAGGUGUUUGCUAUCAUAGCUCUUGGGGGGACUACUUUUCGGAUGAUGAUGAGAGCAUGUCUGAUGGGGAGUCGGUGGAUGAUGAAGCAACUGAAUUGGAAUAUGAGCAGGUUGGAUAUUACAGAUUGAUGGGCGACCCCGACCCGUGAUCGCUUUUCUUUUACUCUAUACCAUCUGGCCUUCUUUAAGCCUAGAAUGUAUAUCCACUUGUGGAUUGGUGGCAGAUGACUGGACAAGCAAAUCAUGAUAUCCAUUUGGCUUUUGGGGUCGGUAAGCUAGACAUCAAGCAAGUGACUCAUAAAAACAAUCACCAAACCAGUCUAAUUAAUACCUCAUAUCAUCACUUGUGCUAGAAUCUUUGAAAUCAUUCCCUUUCUCUUUGAGUCCCUGUGGUUCACUCUAUUGAUCAGCACCUCUUUGAGAUAAGCUCAAUACAAC